AUGGUUGUAUUCACUCGAUCUAAGUCGAACAAGAUGAAUUCUUCUGCCGCUAGUGGUGAGCUAAGCAGUGAUGUUUUCGGCACCGACUCCAACUCUACUCAGAAGGCUGCUGAAAUGGCAAUGCACCUCAGCACUUUAUCGGAUUUUUUCGCACAUGCGCAAAAUGUACCAGCUCAAGUUGUAGAAUCAUUCAAUGCCUUACAAUCAAUUUUGAAUGAUUCCCAUGCUCUGUGCGAAGAAUUCCAACGCCGCAGGAGUAUUAGCAUUUUCGCUGCCAAAAAAAUUGGCGAACGAGAGAGUAGCAGGGAGAACAACUAUAUCUCUGGCGCUGCCAAAAGGCCCAAGCACUCAGGGCUCCAAGGCGCCGUGUCGUACAAGAAAUUGAAAUGAAUGUUCUAUUUUUUCAACUCUCGUCAUCUCCAAAAGAAAAGUGAAAGCUUGGCAGUAAUAGCUGUUUAUCAUCGAGUGUUGUUGUAAUAGCUUGCAAACAUUUACAAAACGACAAAAUUAAUUAACAGAUCUUGAAGUGCUCCAGUACGAAUCAGAUUUAUGAUCGCAAGCGACAAUUGCGCACUAUAUACUUGUGACGGAUGCCUCACAUCUUAUUAUUUGGCUUUGAACUUUGGUAGAAAUAUGAGUUUCAUUGUUUUUCGUUAUCUGAAUCCGUUUU